UUGUUGCUGUUAGCCUGGUCCCGGAGAUUGCUCAGUCAAGUUGGACGGAUUCCUUGCUUGCACAGACUGCCGCUGCUAGUUAACCACUUGCACCAUCGCCCACCAUCGCUUCACACACAACCACUUCUCCUUGGCUUCUCAGGACACUUCUGGACCAGAACCAGCUUCCCUCUCGUCGGUAUCCGUAAACGCUACCAUGGCGCCCACCUACACCAUGUCGGCACACUUGUGCAAGCAGAUCUACUCGUCGUGGCGCCAAACGCGGCAGUCUUCGCCAGAGCCUCACCCGCUGCCGUCACCUCCCGCCAGCACAGCCUCCACGGCGUCUUACCUGCCCCGCUCCCCGUCGCCCGAGAAGCAGUCCUUGGACAGCGAGCGCGGCGAGGCUUCGCACCCUCCUCUCACACGCCAGUCGUCGUUGGGCUCCAGCUGGCGCUGGGGCUCCCGUUAGGGAAGCGCAAGCCUGGCUGCUUCUUUGCGGGAUGCUCCUCAUCACUAAGCGGAUGAGCACAACCAGCUGCAUACUCGGAAACGGCAUGCAGCUUUCGAGCACACCACCGCCGCCUCUCAGGGCUUGCACGACACACACGCCACGCUAUUACAUGCACUGCACCCUGCACGGCAAGGCGCAUCGUUUUUCAGCUGAGCCCAGCGCUGAGGUCAGCCCCGAGCGCCAUCCAAACCAUCGAGACGGAACGGCAUGGACGAACGUCGGGCCAGGGGAAUGGGGCGCACCCACGUACUGUACCGGCGUUAACAAGACCUGGUUUUGUCAUCGCCCGUCGCUUUUUCGACCACGGGACCCAACAUCCCACACAACACACCAUCCGCCCGCGCAAUGCCGCCAUCCGCUAGCCUACCUCAGGUUUCGCUGGCCUACCUCAAUUUUUUUAACCACACCUGCACGGCUUCCUUCAGCUGUCCAACUGCAGGCGGCAGACCGGGACGGGAUGAUCAGGCCGCGCCCGCUCGGUAUAUGCUGGCCAAAUCGAAAUCAGCCUCUCGGUUUCGGUUCCUGGGGGGCGCUUACAUCACCUGCAUUGAUUGCAUCUGCGGUUUUAUGGUGGGAGAAGAGAGGAAGUGGGUCAGGCCGCGAUGGCAUGGCAGGGUGGCAUUGCGAUGCAAGAGCCGUCUGCUUUUCUUGUUGGCGGCGGCAGUUGGCUGAAUAGUUACCUCAUGACAGGCGCGACGGCGACAUGGGUGCUGCAUGGAUCUAUCGGAUUGUUGAAGGACAAACAGACAGAUAUGGGUCUGCUGCUUCCUCUUUUGCUUUUCUUCGCCGGUUCGGGUCAUUCGGGUCUUGAUGAUCGGGAAUAAGGAACGAACGGGCUGCAUGGCAGGGUCACAUCUUCACCGGCGUUUUUAUGAUGAUAGAAUCAGAGAGCAACAGGAUUUGGUCCAC